CACCUGGAGGACAACUUUAGACGGAAGCUCACACUCAGCUCAGUCCUGGAGAUCAACAGAAACACUGUGUCUGACAGAUCAGCACAAAGUCUGGAGCAGCUACCACGGACCUUCUUAAGGAAACUGAUGAUGUCCAAUUUAAAUGCAAGACAUAUCAAAUGUGCACAAGACCAGCCAAUGUAUGAUUAUAAUUUAACUGAUGCUUAUUAUGAUUCUGAUGCCAUAAAUCCUCUAGAUUUGAUCACUGCUCUUUUCCACUGCUCAGAUCCUUUCCUCCUGCAGGAAAUGGUCUCCAAAAUGUCCAUGUGCCAGUUUGCUGUUCCUUUGCUGUUACCAAACUGUGACACACAUCAGAGCACUCUGAUGCUGUGGGCCAUGAGAGACCUGGUUAAAAAGUUCAGACCUAACUCUCUAGCAGGUGACAGGAUAUUUGUAGAGGGCAGGAUCGUAGAAAUGGACAUCCCCAUGGUGUCUUUUGUUAGACUAGGAGAGAGCAGUCUGCCAAAGUCUCAAACUCUGAACAAGUUGCUCAGUAAUCCUCAUCAGCUCAAUGACACAUUUGUUCAACGUGACAUGGAGUGUGGUGAUGUGCCCAGGAGAAUCUCAGAUGGUUUGGUUGAAGUCAGCUGGUAUCUACCCUGUGGGAACACAAACAUUGACAUGUUCACACAGCCAGUGGCCAUAGCCAAUCUGAGAGGAGAUGGCAGGUUGUUUAAGACCCAGAUGUCCUUCCUGUGUCAGACCUCAGCUGCAGUUUUCAUCUUCAGUGAUGACCUAGAGGGAGACCUCAGCACUCUGAACAACAGAGAGAGCAGAGCUGAGCUGUUCCUGGUCACCAACUCUCAGAGGAAGGCCUUCAACAAGGAGACACUCAGGGAUGCAUGCAGAAAGCACAAGGUGAAGGAGACCAAUGUGAUUGUCAAGAUAAAGAAGAAUGAUGCAGAGUUUGUAAAGACUUUGCGUGUCCAGGUUAAUGGUGUCAUUGAACAGAAUCCAAUUAAAAUGAGAGUGAAAGACAUGGCUGCUGUUGCUGGACGUGUUGGUUUUGUGGUUGAUGAGGACUGCACUGAGUGUAGAAAUGGCAAAGCAAAUGCUGAAGGCAUCACUGAGAGCAUUCAUGAUGUUGUGAAAUUCAAGGAAGACCAAUUGCCUUUACAUGGUAAAAUCUGGAAGCGAAUCAGUCAGAUAGAAAAAGAGAGAUGCAGAAUGCGGAAUGUAGGCAAAGACAUAGAGAAAUACAAGAGUAAACUCAAGACAGAAGAAGCAAAACUCAGAGAGGAACAGCAGCAGAAGGCUUUCUCAGACGCCAUGAUCAAAUUCACUGCUGGAAUCUCAGAGUCAGGAACACAGCGUCUCUACUUCCUGAAGUGGCUGAAGAUUCAACUGGACACCCACUCUAGACAGAACCUGUCCACACUGAGGGAGCAGUACAAAGACUACUGUAGAAACACACCACAGAAUAAGGAGCUGAUCAAAUGCUUAGAUGAGCAAAUCUCCAACUGCUCGUUGGGUCCUGAGCACUUCUUCCGUGAGCUGUGCCAGCUUUAUGAGUGUGCUUGCUCCCUUCCAGAAAACAACCCAGCCCGACAAAAAGUCCAGCACCUACCUGCUCUGUGUGCUCAGAUGCUGCUGGAUGGGUUUCCAGUUGAGCUGGUCGAUGGAGAUGCAUCUAACAUCCCAAUGAAGUGGAUUACAGAGGUGUUUACUCAGUUACAUCAGCUGGUGGACACCAAGAGUAAGAUCCUGGUGUUGACUGUGCUGGGAGUGCAAAGCACUGGGAAGUCCACCCUUCUCAACACCAUGUUUGGAGUGCAGUUUGCAGUCAGCAGUGGAAGAUGCACCAGGGGAGCCUUCAUGCUGCUGAUUAAAGUCUCUGAGGAACUCAGAUCUGAGCUCAAGUGUGACUUCAUCAUGGUCAUUGACACAGAGGGCUUAAAAUCAUCUGAGCUGGCAGCAUUGGACAUAAGCUACGAACACGACAACGAAUUAGCAACACUGGUCAUAGGGCUCAGUGACAUCACUAUCAUCAAUAUUGCCAUGGAGAAUUCCACAGAGAUGAAGGACAUUCUGCAGAUUGUGGUCCAUGCCUUUCUCAGGAUGAAGGAGGUUGGGAAGAAGCCCAGAUGUCUGUUUGCGCAUCAGAACGUGUCAGAUAUGUCUGCUUAUGACAACAACAUGAGAGACAGGAUUAGGCUGGUGGAACAGCUGAAUGAGAUGACCCAAAUAGCAGCCAGAAUGGAGAGAAGAGAAGCCAACAACACAAAGUUCACUGAUGUGAUGGACUACGAUCCUGACAAGGACAGCUACUACAUCCCUGGACUUUGGCAUGGAACUCCCCCAAUGGCCCCAGUGAAUGCUGGCUACAGUGAAGCUGUCUAUGAACUCAAGAAGAGUUUAAUUGGCUCCUUACAAACAUCUGAUAAUAUCAAGACUAAUGAUGUAACAGAAUUCCUCAGGUGGACUCAGAGUUUGUGGAAUGCUGUUAAAUUUGAGAACUUCAUCUUUAAUUUCAGGAACAGUUUGGUGGCAGAUGCAUACACAGAUUUAUGCACUCAGUACAACACUUGGGAGUGGUCUUUCCAAUCUGAGAUGAACAAGUGGCUUAUAACCAAGGAAACAAUGAUAUCCAAUUUUGGAGUGGCUGAAAAGAAUGUCCAAAUUAAUCUUUUACGUACCAGGCUCAAAGAGUUCUUACAUGAGGCAUCAAAGAAGCUGCAUGAAGAAGAGCAGAAAAUCCUGUCCAACCUUGAAAAAUACUUUCAGCAAAAGGACAGCAAAGUCAGUUUAGUAGAGAAUUACAAACAAGACUUCCAAACAAGUGCCAACUCUCUCAAACGACGGAUAGAAAAUUCAAUAAAACACUCUUUGGAGAAGGCGGUUGAAAUCAGAGAGGGAAUGGAAAAGGUGAAUAAAAUCAAGGACAAGCUAAUGGAUACAAUUGAGAAAAAGGUCCGUGAGUUGCUGAAAGAGUGUAGAGAGAGAAAUGCAGAUUUAUCUGAGGAUGGACUCACCAGAGAAUUUGGGAAAAUGUGGGAAGGAACCAUGUCUGAGCUGUCUGCAGUCAGACUGCCAGAGGUAGAUGUUUAUCAGGAUGUGCACCAUCUGCUCAGAGCAGACUUAAGGUCAAAGGGUGGACAUGUCUCAGAAAUGGUCAACACAGUUGACCUCAAAACUAGUGGACAGGGGGAAUUCCUUGUUAAAACUGACUGGUUUUCCUUAGCAAAGAGAUGCUGGAAGGCCUUCACACAUUUCCAUAAGAGACACCUCACCGCUGAAAUUCAAGAAAACUGUGAUCGCAUCAUCAGACACUGUGACAGUCUUAUUUCAGAUCACAUAAGCGUCAUGAAGAGAAACAACACAGGUUACCAUGAGACGUACAUCAGAGACCUCCUCAAGGCUGUUGAUGACCAGGUGAAACGUCAUGAGCAGAUUAGUGAAGAAUGUGCUACUCAUCUCAAGGUUCAUGUCUGUGGCCGUGCAGCGAGGCUCUUCCAGAAAACACACAAAGAAUUCAAUGUCUGCAACGACCCACGUAGUCGUCUGAUGGAGUUAAAACCCAUAUUUCUGGAAAACUUCUUCAAAUCGUUUUGAGCGAAAAGAUCAGUGCCAGAAGAGAGCUAAACAAUUCACAGAGACCUGUGUGAAGCCAGCAGUUGAAGACUACGUG